GCAGGAAACACGCAGCAGAGAACCAGCUGGAGGCUCGAGACUGAUUUAAAGACGAUCAGAUUCAGUCCAUCCAAGGUUCCUACCUGCGGCAGAGAUGGGGGGUCAGGCCUCGUCAGUAGAGGACGUCCAUGUCGUGGUCGUUGGCGGUGGAUUCGGAGGCAUCGCGGUGGCUCAGCAGCUGAAAUCUGGAGGACUUUGUUUCACUCUGAUCGACAUGAGAGACGCUUUUCAUCACAACGUGGCGGCGCUCAGAGCGUCCGUACAGCCUGGCUUCGCUCGGAGGACCUUCAUCCCAUACGCUGAGACCUUUGGAGACAGUUUUGUUCAGGGACGAGUUCAGCGAGUCGACACCGACAGACAGACGGUCGUCCUGGAGGGAGGAAGGGAGAUCCAGUACUCCCACCUCAUCCUGUGUACUGGGACUGAUGGAACCUUCCCCGGGAAGUUUAACACCGUGGCGUCGUAUCAGACCGCCGUCCAGACAUAUGAGGACUUCGUCAAGCAGGUGCAGGCAGCAGGCUCAGUGUUGGUGGUGGGAGGAGGGUCGACCGGUGUGGAGAUGGCUGCUGAGAUCAAGACUGAGUAUCCGGACAAGAAGGUGGUUCUGAUCCACUCCCGAACGGUGCUGGCCGACCCACAGUUGCUGCCCAGCGUCAGGCAGCAGGCGAAGGAGGUUCUGCUGGAGAAAGGGGUGGAGCUGCUGCUGGGUGACAAAGUUGCCAACCUGUCGCAGCUGCAACUAAACGUGACUCAGAGGAACACGGAGGUGAGGACAGAGCGAGGAGACACGCUGACCACAGAUCUGAUCAUCUGCUGCACCGGGCUCAGGGUCAACUCUGCCGCCUACGCCUCGAGCUUCUGUGAGUACAAGUACUCGGUUACUCUCAGUACAAGUACUCUGUUACUCUCAGUACAAGUACUUGGUUAAUUUCAG